AUGGCAGGAAAGAUAGAUCAGCAUCCAAGUCCAGAUCACAUUCACCCCGAGCUCGAUCAUACAGCAAGUCCAGAUCACGUUCAAGGUUGGUAAAAACCUGUGCUUAUCAAAUGUAAUUUUAAUGUAAUAUGACUCACUUUUCUGCUGUAUAGACCUGCAUGACCUAAUUAGCCUUUCUCACACUUGGUUUAUCCGCCAUUUUUGAAGUACUGCGUGAGAGUGUACGCACAGCAAAAUUCAACUUUUCAUCACCAACGCAGGUUCAAGGUGCAAAAUGAUCUCCCACACCCCUUAAAAUCCGGCCAUGCUUUUUAUCACUAUAGUUGUGUGUAUGAUGGUAAAUUUACAGUUAACAAAGGAUGAAUGACGGAUUGGCCAGUGUGAGAAAGGUUAAUUGUUUCGUAUUAAAUCCUAGGUCUCGUUCAUACAGUCGUUCAAAGUCACGGUCUCGUUCACCACGAAGAUCUCGGUCCGGUUCACGUUCUCGACACUCGCGAUCAAAAAAAUAUUCCCGAUCAAGAUCUAAAAGUCCUUACUACAAGAGAAGGUAAGUUUUAACAAAUUUAUUGACUUAUUGUAGUCUUAUUUUUGUUAUAUGAUUUAACAGCAGGUAGAUUUAUGUUCUAAACUUAUAAUUGAUGGUUCUUUUGCAAUAGAUCUUCACCAUUUUCAAGACGCCGAAGACAUUAUGGAAACAGGGUAAUUAUUACUGAUCUUGCAUGUAAUUUUGCCCUGUAUUUUACCUAUGAACCUGCAAUACCUCCCCCUUCAUAAAUGUAAAAUUGUCUGCUACUCUCAAACAAUGCUCCUAUGUUAUUAAAUACAGGAUGACCCACCAAGGUCAAACUGUCUUGGAAUAUUUGGACUGAGUCUUUACACAACAGAAAGAGACCUAAAAGAUUUUCUUGAAAAAUAUGGAACUGUUGACUCAUGCCAAUUGGUUUAUGAUCAUCAGGUGAGUUUCAUCCGAAAUAUUGGCUUUCUGCAGUGCCGUCCUUGACUAACAUAUAGUUAACUUGUGAGUACUUGAAACAGUCAAGCAUACUUGUUUGUAUUGCUACUUGUGUGAAUAUUUCAAGUGUUCAGACUCAGUUAAAUGUGAUCAAAAAAGCAAAGAUUUACGAGUACUCAAAACACUUGCGAGUGACUCGUCCUUACUACAGUAUGAUAGCUACUCUUCUCAACUGUAUAUGUAUGUUACGUCAGGAUAGAAUGUUUUAAAUCAAACAUUCUAAAUACCACUUAUUUCUCAUUUAGUCUGGAAGAUCAAGAGGGUUUGCAUUUGCAUAUUUCCGUGAUGAAGAAGAAGCUGCGAAGGUAAGUCUUUGAAAAAAUGUUGCAAACCAUAUACUUGGUAAUUAUAAGUUAACACAUAUCCUGUACAGUAAACGUUUCAAGAGGGCCCCCUAUACUUUUUGCGUGAAGCGUGAUGGGCUUAUUUUACUUAGCCGUGAAACGUGAUCGAUGAUUUUCUUAGUCCGUGAUUCGUGAUAGUAUGACUUCCAAUCUUUUUACGUGCACGUGAAGGAAAGAUUCGAAUUAACCGUGACCCGUGAAUGGCAGAUAGAAAUAUGCGUGAUUCGUGAAUCAUCUGUUUUGUGUGAUCAGCUUUCCAAGGUAUAAAUACGGUUUGUUGCUGUUUUUUGAAGUACUUGAUGUACAGGAGCCUGUUUUCGACAUAGUUGGAGGUUUGAAAGCAUGUCGAGGUAAGUACAGACGAGUAUGGGGCGCCAAACCUGACAAAAUAAAAAUGGUUCGUGAUAUAAAGUAUGCUAAAAUUUACCCCUCUGAGUCCUCUGAUAUAAGAUAUGAUACGCGAGGUAGCUCGUGAUAUAAAGUAUAACUUAUGUACACAUCAAUAUAUAGGAUAUAACCUUACUGACCCAAUAUACAGAGUAUACCUUAACUGUCCGCGAUAGGGGUUAUAGAAAUAGACUGGGGCGAGUUUUUAAUUAUUCAUGUACUGCCAUUUUAUUCAUGUACUGCCGGCUUUGAAAUUUAAUCAGGAAAAUUAAUCAGUAAUAAAUUAACGAAAUGAGUUAACGCGGGAAAUGUAGUAAAUAGAUUAGCAGAUAUUUUAGCAUAAUGGCGGAAACUUAAAUGGCGUUCAGUGGAGAAAGCUCGUCAACUUCGGCGCCUGUAACUGUUGAUGAUACUAAUAAUAUGAGGACAAGUGUUAAUAAUGUGGUGAAUCACCCACAAUUUCGCCCACUUUUGAACGAUGCAGUCGGAAGCCGGAAGUGAAUUUUAAAAUGGCUGACAUGAAUAAUUAAAAACUCGCCCCAGUCUAUUUCUAUAACCUAUAUCGCGGACAGUUAAAGUAUACUUUGUAUAUUGUGUCAUUAAGGUUAUAUCCUAUAUAUUGAUGUGUACAUAAGUUAUACUUUAUAUCACGAGCUACCUCGCGUAUCAUAUCUUAUAUCAGAAGGGUAAAUUUUAAUAUACUUUAUAUCACGAACCAUUUUAUUUUGUCAGGUUUGGCGCCCCAUAGACGAGUACAAUGAUUCUACAAUUAAGGAAGACAUCCUAUAAUAAUUCGUGAAUUUUGUUUUAUUUUUACGUGAAUCGUGAUCGCUUCGAUUUUUCCGUGAACGUGAAGGAAUUUUUUCAAUUUUUCGUGACUCGUGAAAAGGCAAAAUUUUUUUACGUGAAAGCAUAUUGCGAAGGGGUAUAGGGGGCCCUCUUUCAAUUAGCAAUCGUUUUUUAGUGCCAACUCAACGUUUCUUCCUUCGCGCCCUAAUCAUAUGUGCCCUCGUUUCCCGUGCAUCGUCCCUUAUCUGUAAAUUAUGUAUAACGUUAACUGUCAAUCACCACAAUUAGCAGCUGAAAACCGGAUAAUGACAUAAUGUUCACAUUUCCAAUAACAAAAUUGUGAUAUUUUUAGGUAAAAGAAGAAACAAGUGGACUUGAAUUGGAUGGUCGCCGUGUUCGUGUUGAUUACUCCAUCACACAAAGAGCUCACACACCAACACCAGGAGUGUAUAUGGGAAAACCUUCACAGUAAGUUAUCUACUUCGAAUCUACAGUAAACUAGAAAAUGCAUGCAUGCAGAAACCCCUCGCCUUGCUGACAAAACCAUUGUAUUUUCCGAACGUGAAGUAUUUAAAGUAGUUGUCAUGGUAACACGAUAAUUUUGUUAAGAAUAUUUUUACAAAUGAAAAAUGUCAAAAAUCCCCUAAAAAAUAUCACUUUUAAUUACAAAAUUAUCAAUUCCCCACACAUAUAUAUGUUAGGUAUGUUAUUAGUAAUAUAUAUGUUAGGUAUGUUAUUAGGUAAUAGCAUGGUUUCGAGUGCAAUUUGGAUAUAACAUGCACGAGUGAGUUUUUCAAAGACCUCAAAAUAGCACGAGUCCGAAGGACGAGUGCUAUUUGAGGUCUUUGAAAAACUCACGAGUGCAUGUUUAUCCAAAUUUCACGAGAAACCAUGCUAUUACGUAUUAAUAAUUUACAUAAAAAUGUUUGAGACAAUUGUAGUUUUAACUUACCUGUUUAUAGCGAACAUUCCACCGGCAAAGUUUUCCUGGCUUUGUUGUAUCACAUUAUACAACGCUAACAGCUUGAAAAUUCCACUCAACUAUGUAAUUUUUGUUAGUCUUAUUUAAGGUAAAUGUUUUUCCAUUUAAAAAGCCAUAUUUUCCACGCGAAGGCAACUUUUACUUUAUGUAGUGCGGCGCCAUGUUUGUUUUGUUUGGAAGCAAUGAAUAUGUGACCGUUACUUCUUUAAACUAAAUUGCUUUAAACUGAUUGGUUGAUUUAAUCGUCACAAUGUUUUUCCACCAAUCAGAUCAGUUUGUUACAGAUUUUUGCACUGUGAUUACAAAAAAUUGCACUUUGAUUACAGAAAAGUGCACUGUGAUUACAGAAAAUUGCACUGCUGUUAGGGAUUAACUGCACUGAAAUCAACCAAUCACAGUCGAGUAAUAUCUUUAUGUAUAUUAUUAUACGUAAUAUGAGCGUCAAUUUAAGGUAAAAUUCAACCUCAAACGCUUCGCAAGACGUUUUAAAAUGUUCUUUAUAAAACUAAAUUGCCGUUAUCGAUAAGCUUUGAGUUUGAAAUAAAAUGAUUUCAAAUUCUUGCAUUCAAACAACUUUGCUUUUUUUUUAUUUAAAAAUUUUAAUAUAAUAAAAAAGGGUAAUCAAUAAAGAAACACUGAAAGUAUAUUCUGUCUUUUUCAUUUAAAAUAUAUGUAACGAUCAGCUUUUAAAGCUAUUAUAAAGCGAACAGUACAUCAAUAUUUAAAACAAACCUUCUUUUAGCAAUUCUUUCGCCUUUAUUUUCUUAGAAAGCUUUUGAAAUUCACAAAAUCUUGCAAAAAUUAAAUAUAUUUGCAAGAAAUCGUCAAAUCAAAAAAUGUUUGCUAUUUCGCUGUCGUCAUGCAGUCGUUAUAAUGCAAAUUUUAAAUUUGACCAAUCAGUGUUCGCUAUUCAUGACAGUCCGCCAUAUUUUUGAGAUCAGCGAGGAUGACCAUCCACUCAACCACAGAGUAGAGACAUACAGAGACGUAACUGACCGUCGUAAACAUUGCGGAAGAUUACGUUAUCAUGUACCCACUUUUUUUCAGGCGACCGGGCGAAAAAUGGUCAACUGCGCGUGCUCAGCAAGUUUAAAGUGAGCCGUCAUCAGGUUGUCAUCCAAUCAGAUGCAUGCAUCUAGUAACUUGCCGAGCAUGCGCACAAAAAAAGUGGGUACACUAGUUACGUCUCUGUAUGUCUCUACUCUGUGACCCAACACUCCAACACCGUUGGUCACCCACGCCCGCGAUCAUUGAUGAACUUUAGACUUCGCUAAUGCUUUCGUUUCCACGGGUGUAAAUAGCCGGGCGGAAUUAGUACACUCGCACCGGGCUUUCGCCCGCAACGGCGCUCCGCGUCGUUGGCUCGGGAUAACAUUUGUCACCUUUUACCCAAAGAGAAUAGGAACUAAACUAUAGAAGUUAUCAAUGUUUUAUAUCAAAACCUUGUUUUUGGCACAUUUUUUGUAAAUUUAUACUCUACUCCAGUUGCCAUUAUGCCAUAAUCUAGUAGCUAACAAGGAUUACUCACUCGUAGCUAACAAGGAUUACUCUAAAACUGUUAUAGAGCGGUAACAAACACUUUCAUUUCACCAUAAUUGGAUUUGUGUUCUUGAUGUCUAAAAUGCUGAACUCCAUAGUCUAGAAAAGCUACUAUACAUGUACAGUACCUCUCUGCACGGAAUGUCUGGCAGCGCCAGCAGCACCGCUGCCAGGAAAUUGUAAGAAAACAUCUUCGCAGGAAAUCUUGAAGGAAAUUUUUAUCAUCUUAACACUUGAAUACAUUGUUUACGAAAACGUUUUGCAAGUCAAGAUUAAUGCAGUUUAUCACAAUGUUCGUACCAUUAGUACGUUCUCUCAAAUUUACAUAUACAGGAAGCUUUAUAUUUGAAUUAAAACAGCGAAUUUUUAUUUUUGGGUUUUGCUGCCUCUAAAGGUUUAUUUUAAACACGAUACGACUAGUCGUAUACAAUUGUCAUGUGGCGUAUGAAAAUGGCUGCUGACGCCACUAUUGCAGUUCAUCAGUUUAUGGCGAAAUUCGAAAUGUGACAUAUUUUACACGCAUUUAUUCGAGUAGAUAGGCCAAGAUGAGAAUCGUAUACGACUAGUCAUAUCGUGAUGAUAGGCCCUAACUAAAAAUCUUGCGACAAAUAAGUACUUAAAGGUAUGUCUAUCUCUCAACUUAGAUUCCGUAAUCGCCGUGAUGAGCAUGGGGGUGGUGGACGAAGCAGAGACAGAUAUGAUCGAGAUGAUCGAAGAGAUCGCUACAGCCGAUCACGAUCCAGAUCUCCACGUAAGUUCUCAUUAAGUACCAUGCGAUGUUCAUAAUAUUGAAAGUAUGCCUCUAGUUUUGAACCUCCACUCAAUAUAUCCUAGAUUUCUCACUGAAGUAAUUACUUUUUAUAGGUCGUUACUGAGGAUUCAUUCCUGUAUACAGUACAAGAAUUAAUUCAUUCAAACUGAUAUUAAUGUCACAAGGACAGGCAUUAUGGUAAAAGCUUUUUUGCCUCAGCAUGUAUCUGCAGUAUACUGUACUUUUGACUUUGCAUAGAUAUAGAGACAUUGCUGCUUUGGUUGCUUCAUUUGCAUUUUCUGCUGUGUUUCUGGUAUUUUGACAUUAAUUUUAUGUUCUACAAAGUCUGUAGUUUAAAUCAUUGUGAUAGUUUUUAAGUGUAAUAUAUUUAAUAUCUCUCCAGCUUUUAUAAGCAUCAUAGGCGGACACGUAUGUAUUAAAUACCUUUAUACCUUUGUUUGGAAAAUGGGGCCAUAUAUUUUACAUAAUUCAGACAACUUUGAUUCUGUCUACCAUCAGUUAUUGUGUUGUAUGGAAUCACGUGAAGGGCAUGAUGCUCUAAUCUGCCAAACGGUGCAGGUUUCUUUUCAUUGGUUUAUUCCAUCUUCAUUGUCUUCUUCAUUUUUAUGUAAUUAGAUAAACCAUUUAAUGUUUCGUAUGCCGUAUGCCAUGUGUAUUCUCACUCGGUCAUGAACGACCUUUUCUAUCUUGUCAACUUUAUUUGCAUAAAAGGGUCAUCUUAGCACCAUAGAACACUGCGUUAUCUCCAAUAAUAUUUUUACUUUUCUUGUAAUGAUCUAUUUAUUAUUUGUCCUCCGUUAGUGCCCGAUUCUUGCUGCGUAUUCACUCUCACCAUAAAAUAUACUUUUGAAAUCAAAUUUUGGUGUUAACUCUAUUCCCUGUUAAUCACAGGCACUGAAAGCUUGAAAUUUGAAGAAUGAAGUGGGUAGAAAAUGAAUUGAAGAUUUAGAAGAAUUAUUGAAGAUUUUCAAGAAAAUCCGAAUUUUCAAGAAAAUCCACAAAAGAAAACCAACUAAGUAAAGAAGAAAACCCUCAGUUUCCGAGAAAAAACGUGAAGAAAAAUUAAGUGAAGUAUUUCUUUCGAACCAUUUAAGAAGAAACGAAGAAAAGAAAACCUAACAAGAAUGAAAUUUUCGUCAAAUGAAAAUUAGAAAAAAAUUGCCGUAAAAGUUGAGAAAAUGCGCUUAUCUUGGUUUAUUUCAGAAAAAAGAAAUUCCAAAUAAUUCAGCUUAGCAUUGAUCAUCUGUGAAGGUAAGACGGUGUACACAGACAUGUGGUGAACCCAUGAUGUGUACAAAGCACUCUUUUAGGUUUCACUUUAUGACCGUAGGAACAGCAUGAAUCGCUUGAUGUAUGUUACUACGUAAGGUAAGGUGAAUCACCAGGUAAUGUUACUCUUUAGAAUUAUUCUGGAGCGCAAGGUUUUUGUUAAUUAAACAAGAUUCCGGAUUCGGUUUAGUACUAUUUUUUAACUAUCGUCAAUUUAUUGAAAAUUAUAUACAGUAGGUUCCGUUGUUCCUAUGGGUUAUAUAUAGAAAUAAGAAAAGAAGGUCGUUUGUUUUAAAUCAUAUCGAAAAUAAUCGUCGUAUACAUUCAGUGAUUCAGGAAGAAAACUCGAAAGGAAUAAAUGUUGAUCAAUAACUGUAUAGCGGAUACAAAUUUCGUGAUUAUUCGUCUUGAUUUACAUAAACUUUGGCUUCGAUUUAACAAUGUAUAUCGCCAAAAUAGUUAGUAAUACUUGAUUAAUAGAUGUAUUUGCAUCUUCGCACACGAUCUGUAUCUCAUUUUCUCAUUUCCUUCAGGGAAGGACUCUUGAACUUAUUGUUACGGCGAUAAUCUGUUUAUAAUGUACAGUACAGUUCGGAAAUAUUUCAUUGUCAAAGAAAAUAAGACAUUGUAAAGAUUGCAUUUCCGGGAUUUGGACUAUCCUAGCAUAUACUCGUUUAUAUCGGGAUAAAAUUUUCGGAGAAAUGACGGGCUUUUUGCAGGAUGUUGUAGAAAGGUUUCAGUGAAUAUUCGCGAGAAGUGAAAUAAAAUAAGGUUGCAAACAGGCUAGCGUUGAGCACGAAGCGUAAUAAAAAGGUACUUUCAAUCGUUAUCAAUAAAAGACCUGAGUUGUAGUGCAACGAAUGUUUUGCUUUUUGUCAAAAAUGAGUAUUGUAGAAUACAAAUCUUCCCAAUGAAUAUUCUUGUUCGUGACUUUUUAGAACACGAUUACAGAUGGUGCAAGAUUUUGGUCAAUCGCUUCAAAUUUCUUAGAUUUACUGCACAUUGUUGGUCAGGUGAUGACAAAAUUCCGUCGGUUGACAAGAAACGAACUUUUGAACAAGCGGAAAAAAACCUUUGAAAGAAUAUCAGUGUCCUUCAUCGAAGAUUGACGGUCUGAAUAAUGAACCUGAACCUGCUAUAUAGGUGCCUCUCUAGAGGACCAGCUGAUGGUGACUGCAAUGAUUUGAUGACCAGCAAUCUUUUAAUUCCAAUAUUAAUUAAAAUAAUUAUGAGGGUUGAUUUAAUUUCCAGUCACAAACAAAAACUGUUUAGUCUGCUUUUCACCAUUAGAAACCCUCGUGGAGUCUGGACACGAAUCAUGAAAAAAAAUCUUGCUCCAAGAUCACACCUUAGUUUGUCAAGCGACGAACGCAAUUUUUUGUCUGGCGACGACAAAAUUCCGACCUGUUGCUUAGUCAACAGGUCCGAAUUUUGUCUUCGCUUGACAAGAAACGCGCAUUUGAAACAAGCUGCAGUGCUUCGUUGACGGGAUAUCGGUGUUCAUUCGAUAAUUUGGGAGUGCUGCUCGCCAGAAUGUUGUAUUUGCACAUUGAUUUUAAAGAAGCCUAUAGUAUCGUAAUGUGACAAAUGAAAUAUAUGGUCAUGGUUUAAUUUUUGGUUUGAGCUUGAGGGCAUUUGCUUCAGGAGAAACAUGGACAUUUCUUCUUCAUCGAUGUGUCUGUACACACUUUCUAUACAUUAGCAACACGGGGGUCUUUUAGUAACAGCGUAUACAUUGCCAGAGUUGGUGAAGCCGAAGUGAUCUCUGAACUAUGUGCAAACAGCGAAGUGACUCAACCAGCACAAUGAAAUGAUUUCUUGUUGCGAAUUUUGAAGGAAACAUCUUGCAGAGAAUGUUCCCUCCGCUGAACAGAUGUUCUCCACAAUCACAAUGAAUCACAAUAAACACGCGUAUAAAACGUAUAUAAAUCACUUCGUAUUUCUCGCAGUCUCACAAUAAUACGCCCUGUUUUCACAUGCCCCAUAAAAACCUAUAUUGUUUACUUUAAUCCAAAUGUCAAUCAUUACGCUAAAACUAAUAGAUGACCAUAUUAGGCAAUGUUGUUCUCAGUAUUCAUCUACUUAUAAAGUUAUUAAUCAACUAAUCCCAAAUAUAGCGAAAUUAAUGUACUAAAGUGUCAACCUUCAUAACACACUCCCCCAUGUAUGUUCUCGGAGAGAUAUACAUGCUUGCUGCAUGACAAAGUUAAUCAUUGUUCUUUCCUUGAAUUCAGUUGUUUUCCUGCUCGUUCGCCGCCACUUGUUUGAUACGUAGACGAGCUGCUGCUGCCGCUCCUCUCUUUGCUCUUGGUUCGAAUGUCUCCGCGGUUGGAUUUAGUGGCGUUGUUGUAUCACAUGACAAUUCGAGCGGGCAUAACUGUUGGAUCGCUCUUUCGAGUCUUCCCUUCUCGGUCUUCAGCCUUGCUCCUCUUACGACGUCGUCUCUUCCAACAACAAGGUCCGUCACUAUCGCCAAUCUCCAAUGGUUUCUGUUCUUCUGCUCGUCCUUUAUGAUCACUGCCUCCCCGACUUGUGGGUGUGUUGUUUGUUCGUUACUGGUCGCUCGACGAUGUUGUUCUCGCAGUCCUCGUAUAUACUCCCUACUCCAUCGCUUCCACAUCGCUUCUUUAUACUGUUUGAGAAACCUAGCUCUUCUUCGGAGAUCUCCAUCUUCGAUGUGGUGGGGGUCCAGUUCUUGGACGUUGUUAUUGUUCAGGAACAUUGAAUAUGGUGUUAAUACAGGCAGUUCUACGUCAUCCUUGACAUAACUCAAUGGUCGGUUGUUAAGAGCCGUUUCGACGUCGAUCACCACUUCCUCCAGUUCAUCCCACUUCAAUGCAUGUGCCAUUUCCGAUAGUUUUGUAGACGCUGCUUUGAACAGUGCUAUGAGACGUUCAAACUGCCCGCCCCACCACGGCGCACGGCUGAGGUUGAAUAUCCACUUGAUGGAUAGGUCAGCAAGGUUUGAGUUUAAACGUUCGUCUUUCUCCACCUUCGAAUUCUUAAGCCAAGUACUUGCGGCUUUAAAGGUUGAUCCGUUGUCCGAGUAUAUUAUCUUCGGUUUACCUCUUCGUGCGAUAAAUCGCUUCAAACAUGCAAUAAAGUCUCCAAGUUCUAGUGACUUUAAUAACUCUAGAUGGACUGCCCUGGUCAAACUGCACCCGAACAGUGCCAGGUAAGCCUUUUUCUCAGAUUUCCCUUUCGUAUGAUAUCGGAUUGGACCGGCAAAGUCUACUCCUAGAACUUCGAACGGUGUCGAUCCUUUGGUUCUUGUAGAUGGAAGGGUGCCAGGGGGUGGGGACUGAUAUGCUUUAACUCUGAAUUUCUUGCAUCCCCAACAACGGCUUCGUACUCGUUUGGUCAUCUGGCGUAGUCUGGGUAUCCAGUACGUUUCACGAACCUUUGCCAUAGUCAUAGCCACCCCGCCGUGUAAUGACAAAUAAUGGGCUUGCUCUACCACUUUCUCGGUGUACGGAUGGUCGUCUGGCAGGUAAACUGGGUACUCCCCUUCGAUUCUCCCUCUGCAUUCGAAGAUGUGUUGAUGGUUAGGUUGCAGGUUAAGUUGUAGCUUGUCUUUCUCGAAGUGAGCACUGUUCUGAGCAUCUUGCUGAGUUCGCUUGAUCCACCAGAUCUUUUGUUGCUCGAUUUCCGUGGUGUCCAGUGGUCCAAACUUUCGGUUCUUACGUAACUGUCGGCAAUUUUGAAUAAAUCUCCGUACCCAUGCUCCGAUUCUGUGUACUUUGCGCAGCCCGUGGGACUCCAAUAACUUGUCAAAAUCGUCUCGAACACGGAACGGCCAUGGCGAGAACACUUCUGAUGGUCACUCUCGUUUCUUUCUCAGUUUCUGGGGAAGCUUUAAGAACGAUAUCGGAUGGCCACUUUGCUGCUUUGUUUAACCUGGCUCCACAACGUAUGGCUCACAACGCUUCCUCCGCGACUCCCUAGGUCCGCCGGGUUUUUGGUCGUCGGCACGUAGUGCCACUUAACAUCGCGAUGUUGCUGGAUCUUGUGUACUCGGUUAGACACGAACUGUCGGAAUUCUCCCUGGCCUUUCAUCCAAUACAACGCCACGCUUGAAUCUAACCAGCAGUGAAUGAUUGGUGGUGGAUGAAUAGUAAGUGCCGUUCUGACAUUGGUCGCGAGGUUUACUGCCAUGUGGCCCGAGACCAACUCCAGUCGCGGGAUUGUCAGGUUCCGUUUCGCGAGACGGGAUCUUGCUCACACAAGACCUUGUGUCGUCCUCUGCUCUUGCUCGACCACGGCGUAGACCGUCGCUGAUACACCAUCUUUACUGGCAUCACCAAAGGCGUGAAGCGUGACUUCCUUUAUUGGUUGUAGGUAUGGAGCUAGUGUUCGCGGAAUUGUGA